AUGGCCAACACUCCCCACGGUGGUGUCCUCAAGGACCUUCUUGCCCGCGAUGCUCCCCGCCAGGAGCAGCUCGCCGUCGAGGCCGAGACCCUCCCCGCGGUCGUCUUGACCGAGCGCCAGCUGUGCGAUCUCGAGCUGAUCAUGAACGGUGGCUUCUCGCCACUGGAGGGUAAGUCAAUUGACUCGUCUCCGACUCAAAAACGACACAAAUUAACUCGAUGGUGCGAUUGGAAUGAAGAGGAAGAACAAACUGACUCGAGCAACAGUGUCUGCCAGGACUGCCGCCUCGUCGACGGCAACGUCUUCUCCAUGCCCAUCACCCUUGACGUCAGCCAGCAGACCAUCGACGAGAGCAAGCUCAAGGCUGGCUCUCGCAUCACGCUGCGCGAUUUCCGUGACGACCGCAACCUGGCCAUCCUGACCAUUGACGACAUCUACCGCCCGGACAAGGAGAAGGAAGGCCAGCUCGUCUUCGGCGGUGACCCAGAGCACCCCGCCAUCAAGUUCUUGAACGAGUCCGUCUCCGAGUUCUACGUGGGUGGCAAGAUCGAGGCUGUCAACAAGCUGAACCACUACGACUAUGUCGCUCUGCGCUACACCCCCGCGGAGCUGCGCAUCCACUUCGACAAGCUGGGCUGGUCCCGUGUUGUCGCUUUCCAGACCCGUAACCCGAUGCACCGCGCUCACCGUGAGCUGACUGUCCGCGCGGCCCGCUCGCGCCAGGCCAAUGUCCUGAUCCACCCCGUCGUCGGUCUCACCAAGCCCGGUGACAUUGACCACUUCACCCGUGUGCGCGCCUACGAGGCCCUGCUGCCCCGCUACCCCAACGGCAUGGCCGUCCUCGGUCUGCUGGGUCUGGCCAUGCGUAUGGGUGGUCCCCGCGAGGCCAUCUGGCACGCCAUCAUCCGCAAGAACCACGGUGCCACCCACUUCAUCGUCGGUCGUGACCACGCCGGUCCCGGUUCGAACUCCGCGGGCAAGGACUUCUACGGUCCCUACGACGCCCAGCACGCCGUCGAGAAGUACAAGGACGAGCUGGGCAUCGAGGUCGUCGAGUUCCAGAUGGUCACCUACCUGCCCGACACCGACGAGUACCGUCCCGUCGACCAGGUUCCCCAGGGCGUCAAGACCCUCAACAUCUCCGGCACCGAGCUCCGCCGCCGCCUGCGCUCCGGCGCCCACAUUCCCGAGUGGUUCUCCUACCCGGAGGUGGUCAAGAUCCUGCGCGAGUCUAACCCCCCGCGCGCCACCCAGGGCUUCACUAUCUUCCUGACGGGCUACAUGAACUCGGGCAAGGAUGCCAUCGCCCGCGCUCUGCAGGUGACCCUUAACCAGCAAGGCGGCCGCUCCGUCUCGCUGCUGCUGGGUGAUACUGUGCGCCACGAGCUGUCGUCCGAGCUGGGCUUCACGCGCGAGGACCGCCACACCAACAUCCAGCGCAUUGCCUUCGUGGCCUCUGAGCUGACGCGCUCCGGCGCGGCCGUGAUCGCUGCCCCGAUCGCCCCCUACGAGCACUCGCGGAAGUACGCCCGCGAUGCCGUCGAGAAGGCCGGCAGCUUCUUCCUCGUCCACGUCGCCACCCCGCUCGAGCACUGCGAGCGCACCGACAAGCGCGGCAUCUACGCCAGCGCCCGCCGCGGCGAGAUCAAGGGCUUCACUGGUGUCGAUGACCCCUACGAGACCCCCCAGAAGGUCGAUCUCACCGUCGACCCCUCCACGCAGACCGUGCGUAGCAUCGUUCACGAGAUCAUUCUCAUGCUCGAGAGCUCGGGCUACUUUGAGCGUUCUCAGUAG